AUGUCGUAUGACAUUCAGGAGAAAUCAAAACAAGAAACUAGGCAAAUGUCUCUGGGUCUGUCGAUUGCCGAAUACUCUAUGAGCACUGUUGGUACUCUUGUAGAGACAGGAUUAACGGAUUCUGCUAAACAGCUUUUGGACGAGCUCGCUACUAUCGGAUUGGAUGCUAGUCUGUAUAUCAAGGAAGCUACAGAUAUAGAGUCAAUGCUAUGUCUGAUUGGGUUGGCUCUGGAUUACAAGUAUCCGCUUGAGUCGUUUCUGCCUUCGGUAACGUCGCUGGAGUGGGUGCUGGAUGAGUGCUUGACUAGCAUUUGCUUGCAGCUCGAUAGGUUUCAGGAAGAUCAUUUUGGAAUGGCUGGCAAAGCUGUACGCGUUCUCGAGUAUCUCGCAGAACGUACGGACUUGAGAGACCAGUUCGAGGAUGGAAGACCUGAUGAGAUCUACCUGAAAACAUUCCAGAAUCUCUUGGUAUUUGCUGCAACGAUACCAGAGCCCGCAUAUCGGAAUCUGGCGUAUACGACCUUUAAAAAGUUUCUCCUAAUAUUGAACGAGUCAGCUAGAUCCUACAUCCUGUUAGCGUUACUGGAAAGCAGUCCCUUUGUUGGAGUACAGACUGCUAUUCUAGCUGUUUUAAAGGAUCAGGUACAUCUAGCGUUAGCUGUGAAGCAUGAACGUCAGGAGCCAUCACCAUUUGGAAGCAGCAUCUUUACAAACACAUUCCUCGUCAUCCUCCUGGAUCCUCGAGAAUCCAUAUACAGGAGUACUACGAUGCCAGACAAGACUAUAUUCGAUGUACGAGAAGUCUUUAUGGAACGGCAUAGCAUGCUGAUGCAUACUAUCAAUCUGUAUCUUUAUCUGCUGUUGCGAGAUACACCAUAUGAGAAUAUUAUGGGUGUUUGGUCUGAAACCCACAUCGAGUCUACAUCUCGGACAUUCUUGACUCCAUUGCAUCGGCAUUGUGAUGCCUUAUUGGAACGUAUCUCGGGCUCCACGACGCCUGAGGACGCAGGUCAUACUCAUGGAGAACAUUCUGAGAGCUAG